UAUUAGUUCAACAUAUAGAGUUUAUUUUACUGUUUGGGUCAAGUGUUUAAAUAUAAAUUGAAAUAAAUAAAAAUUAUUUUUAAAAAUGUUCAAUGAUUUCAAAAUACAAUUAAUUUUAAUUUCACUAUCUUUUGUGAACUGUGUCCAUUCCCAAUGUAGCAACAGUGACUGGUCAUGUGACAAUGGCCAGUGUAUAUCCGAUAAUAAAUUGUGUGACGGUAAAGUGGAUUGUGGUGAUCGAUCGGAUGAAAUUGCAGAGAAUUGUAUACAGUUUCAUGUUAUCUGUCAGAAUUCUACUUUUCGUUGUACAUACGGAGCUUGCAUAGACGGCAAGGCUAAAUGCAAUGGUGUGCAAGAUUGUGCUGACAACUCGGAUGAAUUGAUAUGUAUUCAAAAAGAUUCAGAUUUUCAAGGUGUCUGCUUUGCUACUGAAAUACAAUGUGUGAAUUCUAAAGAAUGCAUAAAUUCAAUUGAUCUUUGUAAUGGUCGUGUAGACUGCAAAGAUGGUUCCGAUGAAUCCCUGGAGUUAUGUAUAAAUUUUCGUUGUGUUGGUUUUACAUGUAUUAGCCUUUGUAUUAGCCUUAAUGCUAAAUGUAAUGGUAUAAAAGAAUGUGCUGAUGGUUCAGACGAGGCCUGGCAGUUGUGUACUACACCACGUAAGAUCAAUUAUGAAACUGCUGUAACACCGACUCCAAAACCAAAGCCAGCACCCAUAGCCUUACCAACAUCCGUUCAAUGCAUUAUACCAAAUAUAACAGAACUACAGGAUUUGAUAUUUAAACUACAUCCUCAAAAUGAAACUAUUCCCAUAGGAUCAUUUGUGGAUGAUUGCGAAGUCAUACAUAUCGAAUGCCAGAACAAAUAUGCUUUAAGAGGUCAAACCAGUCGUUUGUGUCAAAAUGGUAAAUGGAAUUUUGAUUUUCCUUCCUGUGAGCGCCAUUGUGAUGGUACACUUUUGCACGGUCUUUCUGUUCGUGCUGUAUGUAAUUAUAUAACACAUUUUGAGGAGUGUCCCAAAAGAAUUCCACCUGGUACUGAAAUUCGCCUUAAUUGUAACUUUGGUUACACUCGUAAUCCAAAAUUUUCACAGUACAUAAAAUGUUUACCAGAUGGCAUUUUCGAUAAAAGGCCUCAGUCUUGCGUUCACAGUUGUGGCAGAAUUGCUACCUCCUCUGUAUCCUUAUCUAAACAUGGUAUUCCCAUUAUAUCCAUCUCAGCUCCAUGGCAUGUAUCUAUACAUGAAUAUAAUAGUAUUAAUUACAACUUCAUUUGUAGUGGAUCUAUUGUUUCGCCUCGUAUUAUCAUAACAGCCGCACAUUGCUUUUGGGAUGAAUCGACUUUGACAUUGAGAAAUUAUAAGGAAUAUCAAAUUAUUGCUGGCCGAAGUACGAGUAAUUUUACAACGGAACAGAAUGAUUUCUCGCAGAUAGUACAGGUGGAGAAAAUACACAUACCAUCAGGUUAUAACGGUGUAAUUGGACAUCAAAAAGACGAUAUAGCUUUUUUAAAACUAGAAACUGCCCUUAGAUAUUCACUAACCAUUGCACCGAUCUGUAUGCCAAAAGAAAUUUACAAUAUCACAUCAAAAUAUAUGAUCUCUAAUCGUAUAGGUUUCAUUACUACUUUUGGCCUAAACACUCAAUUGCAAAGACUUCGAAUGAUAACAUUAUCCUAUCAUGAAUGUUAUGAUAAAAGUCCACUUGAUUCCCCAUUAGCAGAUGAUAAAUUUUGUAUUAUCAAUAAAGAAGGCGCUGCAGUAUGUCGUGGUGAUAGUGGUGCAGGAUUUGUUAUUCAAAAUCGUAAUCCAGAUGGCAACGAAACUAUAUACACACUAUUGGGCGUUAUAAGUAAUUAUCCGACUACUAAGAAUGAUUGUACACGAGACGAUGAUAAGGCUUAUGUUGCUAUUACAAAUAUUAACUAUAUGGCUUCCGAAUUUAAGAUAAAAUUAGCAAAUGCUAUUACCGAAGAUCAAACUUUAUUUUAAGUAUGAGUUGAAUAAUAUUAGGAUGUAAGUGAAAAUGAUAAUUCGAUUUUGCAAUAAAGAUAAUAUUUAUAUUUAGGAAACUAAUCUUAAAAUUAAGGGAGAUACAUAUUUAAAAAAUUUAUUAAAGGAAG